GCAGUCGUCUUCUCUCUCUCUGGUGUGAAGUGUUUCAGAAGCGUUUUGGAUUUCUUCUUUUUCUCUUUUCUAUUGGGAAUGACUAGUGACGAAUUCAAGGGCAUUUUCGUAAUUUAGAUCUGCUGGUGUUGAAGAAAAAGAAGGUUUUUGUUUUAUUUGAGAGAUGGAGAGAGAUUUUCUAGGAUUGAAUUUGAAGGAGUCGAUAACGAUGGCGAAAGAAGAGAUAAAAGAUGGACUCAAAGAUCAAGCAUACAUGGGAGGUACAGGGAUGCAAUGGACUUUCUCAAAUAAGGUCUCAGCUCUGCCUCAAUUCAUGGCUUUCAAGGCUUCACAGGAAGAGAGGCCCAAGAAGAUGAUGUUCGAUCACCACAGCUCUUCUGGAUUUCAGCCAAUCUUGACUUCAUUGGACUCUAGUCAGAAACACUGUGGAGUGAUAACUCAGAAAGCCUUUAAUCUUGAAAGACAAGGCCCCCAUUUCAUGAUGCCAGCUUAUCAAGUUCACCCCAUUGAUGGCCACGGGGUUUCCACUCACCGAUCUCAUGAAAUCAGAACCUUUCCAGUUUCGAACCAUUCAUUCUCAGUUGCUAUGUCCAGCCCUUUCUUUAAGAUCCAUGGUGCUACAGCUGGCCUGAACAUGGUAGCUAAUUCCGUGAAGCAACAGCCCCUGGGAGGAAUUCCAGUGACGACUCCACAUUCUGUACUUCCUGUCAUGGGCUCUAUGGUCGGGACGUAUGCUCCAAGAUUGAAACAGGGUGUCUUCUGUAGGAAAAAUUCCAAACCCGUGGCGGCACCGCCACAACUCACCAUAUUUUAUGGGGGAGCGGUGAAUGUCUAUGAUGACAUAUCACCGGAGAAGGCCCAGGCGAUUAUCUCUUUAGCAGGAAAUGGGUCUUCUUUGGCUGCAAAUGCCAUGAAUCUGAAAUCCAACCAAGUGCAGGCACUGGCUCCCAAGCAUGUGGCACUCGAGGGCAUUCUUGGGAACCAGUCCCAUUCAACCUCACCUUGCUCAGGCCUUUCAAGCCCAAUAUCUGUCACCUCGCACUCUGCUGGUCAGUCAUGUGGUGGAUCCAUCAACACCGAUAAUUUGAUGGCCACAAACGGUUCUGCACCCUUGGCUUCCAGCAGCCAAUCUGAGACUCCAAAAAUAGCGACAUCUGUUGGAUCUGCUGCUACAACUUUGACGCCAGCAGCAGUGCCUCAGGCUCGUAAAGCAUCAUUGGCUCGGUUUUUGGAGAAGCGCAAGGAGAGGGUGAUGAAUACUGCGCCUUAUGCCCUAUCCAAGAACAACACAGAGGAUGCCCUUGGAUCCGACGUCUCUGGUUUCAUCAGCAAAGCCCAGACAUCCCCAGUUGCACUGCCCAGUGGCAAGGAUCAGCAGUGGUGUCUGGGACUGCACAAGAACGAUGCUAUUGGUGCAAAAUUGCAAGCCAAGUCAGAGAUGUAAUUCACAAAGGAGUUAUUUCUUCUUUGUAGGUUCAAAUUAUCAAUUUUGUUCUAAUUUUGAUUCUUUUCGAUGUCAAAAUCUCCACGAAAGGUCUUCCUUUUAAGUAUAUAGUUUAUAGGUUUAAUUGGCUUUUUAGAGAGCCUUUUUUAUUAGAGCACUCUAUGUAACAUAUGUGACUUCUGUGAUUUUGUAGAAAUAAUACAAGGUAAGCAUAUGUUCCAAUA